AAUGGAGUUCACUCUCACAGUCGGUUUAAUUAAAGCUGGACCGAAGAACCAAUUUAUAUUUUUUUUUUCUCAAUCCACCCAAGAUGAAAAUAUUUUGUUUAAUUCUAAUUGUUCUAUUCGCUGCUGCGACUGCAUCGUCAAUUCAGCUAACACCAGGAAAUAUAUGUGAUUUGCCAGCGUUGGAUAAGGCGUGUGCGGCACCGUUCAAGAACUGGUUCUAUAAUUCAAAAACAAGGAAAUGUGAACAGCAUGAUGGAUGUGGAGGAAAUGCUAACCGUUUCGAAACCCAGACGGAAUGUGAAAAGGCUUGCAAAAAAUAAAUCUAAAAAUAAAACGAAUUGUUCAUUUUGAAAUUGAUUACAUUGUACUGAUUCAACGCAA